UGAUUGGUCACAGCUUGUCACAUGGCACAAGGCUGUUGUGAAUAGCCUUGUACCAUGUGACCUCUGUGAUCAUUCACAGAUUUCACACGUAGUCACAAGUGACAUCAUUGCUUACUACUCUGCAUGUGAUCACUGAUUGGCCAAUCAGUGAUCACAUGAUCGGGACUUUGUACAGAGGUCCCGUCCGACGAUCGGUGUUUCACUGUGUCCAGAGGACACAGCGGGCACUGGAUCGCGGUGCUGCGCGCUUCCAGGGAGCGCGCACAGCUAGAAAUGGCGGGUGACUUUU